AUGUACAUCAUCACCAACACACUGAAUUGGAGGGUAAGAUUUAUUUCUGCCAAGUUGAAAAUCGUGGUUCCUGUGUGCCGUGUUGACGCUGCUGGGAACAGCGAAGCCACUAUCCGCUUCCCAAGCGUCAAUUGGGCUUCUGCUGGGUUGUCGAGGUCCAGAGUCACAAUAUGUAUUUAUGUCCGCGAAGUUAAGGAAGAAGAGAACCUCAAAAGAACCCAGGUCGUUGUGCUGAAAAAAAAGGAGGGUGGUAUCGACGGGGGAUACUUUACGAGGAAAUUUUAUGGCUCUUUGAUAGAGGACGACUUCGGAGCAAGCUUGAACAUGGUUCAGAUGAUGAAGCGGAGGAAACAAGGGUAG